UCGACGCUUACAUACACAACAUGGGUGCCAAGCUUAACAAGCUCAAGUCCAAGGGUCUGGCCAAGCUGGCUGAGGACCCGUCCAAGUUCCAGGAGCAGGUCGUCUCUGCUGUGGAGUCCAACGACGAGAAGAAGACCAAGAUCUUCAUGGAGGUUGACAAGAACGCCAACUACGUCCUCAACUACGAUGAGCUCCUCUCCCUUGCCAUCACCAACUACGACGGUGAGGGUGCGGUGUUUGACCUCAUCAUGGCUGCCGGCAAGGCCGACGUCAACAAGGCUGGCGAGGGCGGCAACACGCCGCUGCACCAGGCCAUCAACGCCGGCAAGGCUGCGGCUGGUGUCAAGCUCGUGGAUGCCGGUGCUUCGGUUGCCACUACCAACGAGGCUGGCCAGACGCCUGCUGCCCUGCUUGAGGCGAAGAAGGGUGACUUCUCGGACGAGGACUACAACUCGCUCAACGGCAAGCUCAGCGGCGAUGCCGCUGCCGCCUCUGGUGGCGACGAUGCCGCUGCCGGUGACGCCGCUGCCGACGACGCCGCUGCCGGUGACGCCGCUGCCGACGACGCCGCUGCCGACGACGCCGCUGCCGACGCGGAGUAA